AUUUGCCAUGUUUUUGCUCAUCCCGUUCUUGUAACCGUCGGAAAAAGGGCCAAUUUGGAUUUCAUUUUUGUUCACUCUCCGAAUUCCAAAUUAGUCAAUAUACAGUGGACAUUUUUACCUUUUCCAUCUGCCUUAUUAAACAGCAAACAAAUCAAAACAGCUUUUCGUCUCAACACUAGCUACCAUGGAUCAAGGUACUCGGAGGAUUUAUUACAAGUUACCUGCCCAGCCGCUUUAGCCUUUUUUUCCUCCAACAACUUCAAUCGGACAUGUAGGCUAGCUAGGCUUAGCAUUAGUCACGUGAUGAAAGCCGACGAAGGUCGUUACCGGGCUCACGUGACUGGUGAUUCUGAUUGCUUUCCCUGCGCUGGCGAACGGCAACUCCGUGUUGUUGAGUACGCUUUUUACUUUAAUUUAAAUCUCUGUGUGUAA